AUGGAUCCUUCAGUGUCAUUACCAUCUGCUGUUUUCUUUUAUGAAUACUGUAUGCAUAACGCAUCUAGAGCACAACGAAUUCUGGAUGAAAUAUUCGAUCCACAUGAAUCACUUCGCGAAACAAUAGCAAAACAUUUGACAAGAAUAAAAUCUUAUAUCAGUGGUCAGCAGACCUUCGACGAUUUCUGUCGCGAAAUGCAAAAAUGUAAUAACAGUGUAUUGUGUGGUCGCGUUUGGAUUCAUCCAACCAUAGGUUACCGUUGUCGAACAUGUGCAAUCAAUCCAUCGAUGAGCCUAUGUCCUUAUUGCUUUUAUGCGGGUAAUCAUGUUGAGCAUGAUGUCAACAUGUUUCGAAGCCUUGGUGGCGGCGUGUGUGACUGUGGUGAUGGGACUGUAAUGAAAUCUGAUGGUUUUUGCAAACACCACGGUUCAAACCGGAUUUCAGAUGGCCAUGUAUUAGGGAAACACAUUCGAAUUACUGCUGUGAUCAGUACGAUGAACAAUAAACUCGAAUGUUGUAUUUGUCAAAACAAGGAUGACAACGCUGCUCUUGGAUUUGUCGUUAGAUUGAGUCAUANAUGGUUUUUGCAAACACCACGGUUCAAACCGGAUUUCAGAUGGCCAUGUAUUAGGGAAACACAUUCGAAUUACUGCUGUGAUCAAUUGAGUCAUAGUGGAGGUGAAUCAUUUUCUUUAUGCAGAGUGCAAAUGACAAUUACUUUUUUUCAUCUAACAGUGCUCGGUGUUCGAGAAGUGAGCUUUAAAGAGGAAGAUCACCUACCGUUAGUCACUGAUAAUUUCGAUUUUGAUCAACAAUCCUGUUGUCAUCCACAUGAUACACCGACUGACGAUGGCCGAUCGCAGCCGGAUCCUCCGAUAAAUAUUAAAUACAACGAUAAAGGCGAAUGGACAUGCGCUCGAUUCUACGAAGAAAAAAUAUCCAAGAUGUUGGCGAGUUUUAGUGAAGAUAGUGUGUCGAAAUCAAUGACAAUCAACUGGCGAAAUGGUUUGGUGAUUAGUUCCUGUAACCAUUCGAUGCACAUAUCAUGUUAUAGACAAUACCUAAAAUCUCAUUAUAAAAAAGUCAACGCAGAAAUUGAUCCAGAUGUUGAAUUCAAAUGUCCCAUGUGCCGUCAAAAAUCAAACGCUUUGAUCUGUUUUCCAUCGGCAGAUCAGUGGACAUAUUCAUACCAGCAUUCAAUCGAAUCUAUCACACAUCUAAUCGAGAAAACUCAUAAACCUUGCAUACCUCCACUCAUCAUUGAGUGUUUAACCAAUUUUAUCCAAAAAAUGUACCUGAUGGUAAAUUCAAAUUAUCGAAUACUUAAGAAACAAGAUACAGAAUUAACAGAUGAUGAUCUUGCAGUGUUUCUCGUUUCGAUCCUAAGGUUUAACCUCGAGAAUGAAUUACUGCUUCGAGAAAUCGUCCAUAAUGACUCAACUAUAAACAAUCGAAAACCGUGUUUUCGUGAAUUAUUUUAUGUUUGCAAUAUGAAGUAUCCAUAUUUAUUGAAUGAAUCGCACAUUUUACUUUGGCAACAUCUUAUUGGUUGUAUCAUUACCUUAUUGAAUACAACUGAACAUGGCCAAAAACCUCCAGUUCCACUACUAUUGACUGAUCCUAUUGCUUUACUUCUUCGAAUAGUAUUGAGUCUUCCUUACCUAGCCGAUAAAGAGUUGUAUCAGAUUGUUGUACAAGCUGUAUACAAUUUAGUUUAUGUUCAAGCAUUGUUCUCCAUUGUCAAUGAAAUACCCAAAUACGAACAGCAGACAUGGAACUCAUUGGCGAUCUCCGACAAAUCUGAAAAUGAUGUACUACAGUAUCUUUGCGCGAUAUCAGCAAAACUAUUACAAACUGAUUUGAGUGUCAACAUUGAAAAUGUAUGUAAAUAUGGAAUGAUCACGAUAAAAUCUCAUGAAUCGAUUAAUGCAUCGAUUCGAGACCGAUGUAUUCAUUUUCUCAAAAUUGCCGCUCUCAUGCAACAUCACCUAUAUCGCCCACAGCUAGAGUGGGCGGUAAAUCAUCAAAUGGAAUCCGACUAUCUAUGGGGAAGUCUAAUCAAAGAACUUGGUCUAUACAAAUCCGGUGAACCAUAUUGGUUUUAUAACAAUUCAUCAUUACUUAUUAAUCAUUGGCUUGAUGAAAUACUUUCAAUAGAGAAUAGUCAACUCAUCCGACAACUAGUUCUUACAAUACCUGUGUUUCACUUCCCACAAUUUGUUAAGUUACCGACUUGCUAUUCGGAACUGUUUCGAUCUUGCUGCAAUCUUCGUUGCUCUUAUUGCCAAGCAGCCAUCAAUGAACCAAGUCUUUGUUUGGUGUGCGGUUUCAUCUAUUCUGAUGAGCACUGUCGACAAAAAUGUUGCGAAUCACAAACACAACUCGUCCAAGAGCACUUGAGAAAAUGUUGUGAUGGACUGAAUAUUUCGAUAAAUGUCAAUUCAACAAGGACAUUAAUUCAACAAGAGCAACGCUAUACUUAUUGGAUUUCACUUUAUCUAGAUCGACAUGGCGAAGAGGAUAUUAAUCUUCGACGAGGAAGAACAUUAUAUCUCAAUGAAAAUCGACUGAAAUUCUUAUAUUCAGCAUGGAUUUCAUCGAAUCUUGAUCAAAUCAUUCAACGUUGGUCAACGGAUCAAUUAGAACCCUAG